AUGCCAGGAGGGGCUCUGGCAGAAAAGGGGCUUCGGCGGCUGGCGCAGAGCGGCACUCCGAGCGCGCGGUGCGGCGGCGCGCUCCGCCAGGCCCGGCAGCCGCGCUCGGAGAUCCGCCUGCGCGGCGCGGCCAGGAUGGGCUCCGAGGUGCCGGGCUGGCGCAGGCCGUGGGAAGAGGGUCGCGGAAGCGGCGCGCGCUCCGUCCGGGGAAGCGUCUCCUCGGCCGCUCGGCGCUCGCCGCGCAUCUCCGGCCCAGGCCCCGACCCCCUGGAGCGCCUGGACCUGGCGCGGGUGAGCAACCUGAACGCCGAGCUGCUCGGGCUGCGCGCCCAGGAGAAGACGCAGCUGGUGGAGCUCAACGACCGCUUCGCCACCUACAUCGAGCGCGUGCGGGACCUGGAGCACCGGAACCGAGCGCUGCGCCUGGAGCUGGAGGCGCUGCGGCGGCAGCAACGCGCCCCCGCCAGCCUGCCGCAGCUCUACCAGCAGGAGGUGCGCGGCCUGCGGGCGCUGCUCGACGCCGGGAAGGACGACAAGGCGCGCCUGGAGGUCGAGCGCGACCGCCUGCGCCAGCUCUGCGGGCAGCUCCGCGAGCGCCAUGCCCAGGAGGCGCGCCGGCGGCUCGACGCCGAGGAGACGCUGCGCCGCGUCCGGCAGGAGGCCGCUCAGGCCGCGCUGGCCGUCGCCGACGCGGACAGGGCGGCCGGCUCGCUGCGCGCCGAGUUCGCCUUCCUGCAGAAGCUGCUGGGCCAGGAGCGAGCCGAGCUGGCGGCUGAAGCCGAGCUAGCCGAGGCCGCCCGGACGGCGGUCGCGGAGGGCGCCCCGGCCGGCGCCGCCAAGCCCGACCUGUCGGCAGCGCUGCGCGACAUCCGAGCCCAGUACGAGAGCUUGGCUGCCAAGAACAUGCAGGCGGCGGAGGAGUGGUACCGCUCCAAGUUCGCCUCGGUGGCUGAGCUGGCCAGCCGGAACCAGGGCGCCGUGCGCAGCGUCCGCCAGGAGACCGUGGAGUACCGGCGCCUGCUGCAGUCUCGCUCGGCGGAGAUGGAUGCCCUCCGCGGGGCCAUCGACCUGCUCCACACGCAGCUGGAGAGCCUCGAGGGGCAGCAGAGCGCGGAGGUGGCCCGCUGCCAGGAGAGAGUGGCGGAACUGGAGCAAGAGGUCUCGGAGGCCAAGGCGGAAAUGGGACGAUACCUGCAUGAGUACCAGGAGCUCCUGAAUGUCAAGAUGGCUUUGGACAUAGAGAUAGCGGCAUACAGGAAACUGCUGGAGGGCGAGGAGGCUUGGUGGGCCACUUCCUGGCCACCCCUGGCACAGUGA